AAUAUCAGACGAGCUGUUUAGUCUAUCGUUUACCUCUCGACUUGACGCGCGACCUCCGAGAGCGAAGGGAAAAACGUACACACACUCGAACGCAGUGCGGUGCCCAAAUUUCGACUCGGGGAACAUUGGGAACGGAAAAAAAACGAAACGAAAGGAUAGCGGGAACGAAAAAAAUUCCGAAUUACGAGGGUAGAGUGUUUCCCACCAGGACGAAGCGAGAAAGAAGAGGAGAAAAAAAAGCCGGGAGGAAACACGCGAGGGAAACUUGUCAACAGGACGAAGAGAACCAGUGUGGGAAACGAACGAAAAGAAAAAGGAAGGAAGGAAGUGGGAAAACCGAAAAACCAAGGGAAGUCGGAUUGGACAAAAAUUGCAUCUGUCAGGAUCGGCGGCGUAUCCUUGGCGGGUGAAUCGAGUGUGUUUUGAAACGGUGCAAUCCAGCGAGGCAGCUCUCGACAGCGUGUUGCACACAGAACGAAGGGAAACGGAGAGCACACAACAAAUUGAAAAUAAAAAUAGGAAAUAGAGGGAAGGAUCGUGUGUGUGCGUGUGUAUUUGGGGGAAAAACGUCUGUUGUUACUAGAGGCAAACAACAGCAGAAGAAAUAUAAUUGCUGAACGUGAAGUGAGGAUCAAGAAUUGAUCAAAACGAAAGGAAUGAUUACACCAUUAGGGCCUGAUUAAGUGCAGCGGAAGCAGUUGAACGAACACGGACGACGCCGCCAUUUGUCCGGCUGUCCGGUUGUGACCACGCCGUCAUCAUCAGCUGUAUGCGUGAAGAAGGUCUAGGCUAACGGAUUAACCGUAUGUGUGUGUUUGUACACAAUGUACACAAUAGAUGACCUUCACACACCACCGUGGCAGUGAAAGCAACAGCGAAUGUUUUUGUGCUAUCAGUGCACGGUUUGACAAAUUAAGUGUGAGUGCGAAAUAAUUAUCGGCGUGACACAACGAAGAAACCGAAAUCGACACACACCGAAAUAAAGCAGCAGCAGUAACAGCGAAAAUAAUAGGCGAAAGAGAAGAAAACAAAGUGUCAGCUAAUAACAUAUUAGAGAGAAAGAGAAUAGAUAAGCACGGAAAGUGUGUGUACAGGUGAAGCACUGCAGUAGUAGCGCAGCAGCAAAAAAACGAGCAAAAUAACAGGAAAAAAAAUCGCAAUCAACGGAUGAAGAGAGGAAACACCGCCAAGGAAGGUCUGUGUAAGUGUGAUUGUAUGUGUGUGUGUGAUCGUGUGCAAAAUAUAAUAACAACCCAACAGUGAAAAUAGCCGCAAAAAGUGAGGCAAAAUACGAAAAAGGGAAGAAACCAAACAAGAAGAUACACACAAGCGCUCUCUCCUAAGUUACAAAACACCGAAUCGAGCUGCAAAUAAGAAGCCAAAAAAGUAUCAAAGCAAAAAAAAGUGAUCAACAGUCAAAAAGAAGGUGCAGAGUGUCGAAUAAAAAAAAACGCAAAAAUAAAAACGGUGAUCAUUUCAACUGCGCGCGAAUUAAAAUUCAAAGGAAGCAACCCAGAAGAUCUCGCGUGCCGAACCAGCAAAAACAACAGCAGCAGCAGCAGAAGCAGCAGCAGCAUUCCAGCUGGUUGACCUGUGUACGAGCGUUGAAGACUCGCUGCGAGCCGAAGCCGGGCAGCUAAAACAGGUUCACGAUUUGGAUUAGCUGUCAUCGCGGUCGCCGAAUCCGACUCCGCAGCAGGCCUGAAUGGAUUAUCUACGAGGAGCACUCUAAUUCACAAACAGGUUGGUUCAAUGUUCUAUCCAUGGUGCAACAACACAAUCUAAGUGUAUGAAUACUAUAUGACCAGGCUAUGAGUGCCCAGGGGGGCUCCCUAGGGGCUCCGUCAUUGGGUGUUGUAGAAUCUCCACCACGCGGAGAAUUCAACAAAAUCACAACGAGUAAUUCAAGGUGCAUCGCAUCCGGAACAUCGAAGCAAUAAAUGCGACGAACUAGUGCGCGGCCUAGGAAGUGAAUAUUAGUGCUUCUCUCUCUCGUAAAACGAAACAUCACAACGGGUUCUUUUGAAAAGCUAUGGUUGCAGCAGCCGGAGGUCAACAAGGCGGAAUGGAUGUCGGAUAUAACCCUCAGAUGAACAACAUGGCGAUGCACUCGCAGUCAUCAUGGAACCAAAUGAACGGCAUGAACCAAAUGGGUGGUGGAAUGAAUCAAAUGAGUGGCGGUGGUGGUGGUGGAGGAGGAGGAGGAGGAGUAGCAGGAGGAAUGAACCAGAUGGGUUCCGGGAUGAGCCAUAUGAGCCAAAUGGGAGCAGGAAACGGCGGUGCAGGAAAUGGAGGAGUCGGCGUGGGAACGACAACCGGUGCGCCUGGUAACAUGGGGUCCAUGACCGGCAUGCAGAUGAAUCAGAUGGGUUCGAUGAACGGAAUGGGCAGCUACGGAAGGCAUCACCAACAGAUGAAUCCAAUGGCCCAAAUGAUGAACAUGGGCAUGGGUAUGGGAGGUCAAAUGGUACCGGGUGGUGGCAUGAAUGGAAUGAACCAGAUGAACGCCGGUAUGAACCCGCUUAAUCAAAUGAAUCAAAUGUCGCCGAUGUCUAAAAUGCAAGGAAUGGCCAACGGAUACCCUCCGCAUCCACGGCGGAUGGCGCCAUAUCCAAACCCACAAAUGCAGAUGGCUCAAAAGCGAUCGAUGUAUGGAAUGGGGCAGCAAGGAAUGCCCGGAGCUGGUUCGCAAUUCCCACCUCUCCAAGCUUCGGGAGUUCCGCUACCCAUGCAAGCCAACACAGGCUACGGCAGGCAUGGACCAAUGCCUAUGAACUACAGGGGUGGACCUCCAAUGAUCCAGCGGCAACAGACGCCCCCCUACGCAGCAGCUGGUGGCCACAGUCAACAGUAUUACAACACGGGCUACCAAAAUAUGCAAGGCUACCAGCCGGACAUCCGGAUGAACUACCAGCAUAGUCCUGUGCCAGGAAAUCCCACACCUCCACUCACACCCGCCUCUUCCAUGACACCUUACAUCAGUCCAAAUCCGGAUCUGAAGCCAAACCUACCACACAAAGACGAAGAACUGCGACUGACCUUCCCCGUGAGGGACGGCAUCCUGUUGCCACCGUUUCGACUAGAACAUAACCUCGCCGUCAGCAAUCACGUGUUCCAGCUCAAGUCUACCGUGUACAAUACUCUAAUGUGUCGACCCGAUCUGGAACUACAACUUAAAUGUUUCCAUCACGAGGACCGACAGAUGAACACUAACUGGCCAGCCAGCGUGCAAGUCUCGGCCAACUCUACGCCACUCGAGAUUGACCGGGGUGACAACAAGAACACUCACCGGCCACUCUACCUGAAGCAAGUUUGUCAGCCAGGACGGAAUACGAUUCAAAUCACCGUUAGCACAUGUUGUUGUUCACACCUCUUCGUACUUCAACUGGUGCAUCGGCCGUCGGUCAACCACGUACUUCAUACGCUUCUGAAGCGAAACCUUCUGUCGGCCGAACAAGCAGUAGCCAAAAUCAAACGAAACUUUGCAGUCGGGCACACAACGAGUCCCAACCAGCCACUGGGGGGAAAUGGACCUGGAGUCGACAAGGAUUCGCUCGAAACGGCUACCUCUACCAAAGUCUCUCUCAAGUGUACCAUCACCUCCAAGCGAAUAGCACUUCCAGCGCGAGGUCACGACUGCAAGCACAUCCAAUGCUUCGACCUCGAGGCGUACCUGGCACUCAACUGUGAACGUGGCAACUGGCGAUGCCCUGUGUGCAAUAAACCCGCCCUCACUGAAGGUCUUGAAAUCGAUCAGUACAUGUGGGCGAUCCUAAACACGCUAAACUCUUCCAACACCCCCAACGGCAUGGACACGGAAGAGGUUGUGAUUGAUUCACAGGCCAACUGGCGAGCAAUAAAACCGGCUGGGGGAAGUGGCAAUAGCAGCAUACCUAGCGGCAGCACGACUGCUCCCGGUAGAAACACUCCGGGCAACGAUGGCAGUGGCCGAGCAAGUUCAACCCCGGGACUGCCAAACAUCAAACCCGACCCCGAUGGAGACAGCAAGCAGUUCAGCAAAGUCAUGUCUCCGGGGUCGACUUCGUUACCUACGUGGGACAACAUGAACGCCAUGAGUCCUUACAUGAGCCCAGAUAUGAGCUCAAUUGCCAGUGGAAGCAUGAUGGGAUCAAACUAUAACCAACGAACGCAGUUUGAUUCGUUCGGAAAUCCUAUCAAACAAGAGCCAGGAUCUACUGCACCUGGCGGAGGUAGUACGAAUGGGCCUGGAACUCCAGGUGACUUUGGAAACAAUCCUCUAGCACACCUCAGUGACUCUGUCAAUUCGCUGGAUCCAUUGAACGCGAUGGAGAAAUCCCUAAAUGACCAGAUGCCCCACACACCUCACACUCCACAUACGCCCGGUGGAGGAAACUCUUCCGGUCAUCCAAUGACCCCUGGUGGACCGCCAAGCGUACCACCAGCCAACGAUAGCAACUCAAGUCAAUCUGGAAAUGGAAACAGCAUCAACAACAGUAGCAGUAGUGCAUGUUCUCCAUCGAAAAUCGACUCUGUCGGCAACAACAACAAUCAAAACAGCCAUAGUAAUCCGGGAGCAAACAGUCUGAUGCAUUCCCCCCAACAUCAGCAAGCCAUGGGCAUGGGUAACAACCCAGCGGCGAACAUCAUGAACUCACCCCAGAGUCUCAUGAAUUCACCACAAAACAUGAUGAACUCUCCUCAGAGUAUGAUCAACUCAACCAACAAUCUCCAACAAAACCUGAUGAACACGAUGAACUCGAUGAUGCAAAAUCAACAGCAAAAUGGUCUCGUUGGAUUGACGGACGUAGAUCUGCCCGCCGAUCUUAACUUUGAUCCUGCUGCGGUCAUUGAGGGUGAAGGCGGUAACGAUUUAAAUCUCCUUCCUGACAACGUGGUCGAUCCGAUGGAGCUUCUGUCUUACCUAGACCCACCACCCGACUUGAACACACCUCCUUCCAGUGGAUCUAGCAACAAUGCCAACAGUGACGACAUACUGGCCGCACUGUUUGACUAGAGGGGUUCAAUCUACUACAGAAGUUAUGCAAGCUAAAAUGUGAUGGGUUUUUGUUUUCGUUUGUCAUUUUCAGAUAUACAUACACCGAAAAUUGUCAAAAUUGUUUGUAUAGGCAUUGUUUUUCUAUUUAUGUAAAGAACGGAUUGGUUCGAUUUGGGAAGAAAAAACGAACAUUUUAAGCAAAAUGUAUGAAAUGUGAUUUCGAAUGUGGCGCUAAUCUAAUUUAAAAAAAAAACAAUAUAAAGAGAACGGUUACAAAUUUAUACAAAACCAAUUCAAAAAGUGGACCUAGCAAGUGAUAGCCAAAAAAGGUUUUUGUAUCCCCUGUUUCGCCACAAGAGAUGAAACACGUAACGCGUAAGUUUUAAUUAAAUAUUUAUUUUCCACAAAAUAGGUUUAGACAUUUGUAAAAAGAAAAUUAUUUAUUUUGUACAAAACAAGAUGGAAAAUGUUAAGUGUAUAAUUUGUCCUUUGUUUCUGGGGGAUUACGGAUCGACUCUGUUUUAUAGAGAUGAAAAUGAUCUUACAUACAUUAUUUAACUAAAAUGCAAAAAUAAGAGAAUUGUUUAAGUGAAAUGUUAAACUUGCUGAUAUUAAAUUUUAAUCAAAAAUGUACAAAAGAAGUAAGAAACUAUUAAAUAUAAAUUUAAAAUAUUGCACAUAAAAACAACUAACUAAAUUUAAACUAAGUCAAACACUUGCAUUAGAACAAACACAGAUGUCUGCUUUGCAGAUGCGUGAAAACAUUUUGUUUCAUUUUGUCUCCAAUCAAUAUUGCUCUCAAAUCAACUUGGCUGAACAGAUAUGUGUAUUACCAAAUCAACGUGAUCAGAUCAAUAAGCUAGUUAAUCCUGUAAAAGUGUUACAAUCAACACAAUUACCCGAAAUGAAUGGCUCUGAAAAUUAUUUGUCGUAGGCAUUUGAGAGCUAAAACAUGCAAAGAAAAAUAUUUUUAAAAAAUGACCCUCCCCAAAUGCAUAACAAAACAGCUGACACUUUAAAUACAAUGUAAAAAAUCGAAACAGCACACACAUCUUGUGGAUACGGUUGCAUUAUUAUUUUUGCUCUCUUAAAUGUUUGUAGAGAAAUAAAAUUAAUCAACCUGAGCAACUCUCUACCAAAACCGGAAAUGGAUUUUAUUUGUAUUUUUUUAUUUGGCUCAAACUUUGUGGGGCCUUCCCUAUGACCAAAGAAGCUAUUUUGUGUCAUUGGUUCACCCAUACAAGUCUCCAUACUAUUUUGGCAACUGUCCAUACAAAAAUGGUACGUAAAUAUAUACAGUUAAACCUCGCAUAGUGCACAGGCGUUACGUUUUUUAUUUCUUCGAUAACUCUAAAAUGACACAAUAUUCUUGCUAUCUUUUAGAAGCUAAUUGUAGAUUGGAACAAGACGAACAAAUUGCUUCAAAAAGAUUGCAAAAAAUGUAUGGCAUGUUUGAGAAAUGGACGAAAUACAAAGCGUAACGGCUGCGCUUUAUGCGAGGUAAACAGCUAUUACUUUUGAGUGAAUUUUCUGAUCAAUUUGGUUUCUUCGGCAAGGUUGUAGGUAUUGUUGAGGAAUAUUAAGAAAACAAUAGGCCGAUUUUUUUGUUAACAUUUUUUUCAUAAAAACUCAGUUUCCCAAAAUACAAAUUUAUUUUCGAGAUUUUUUGAUAUGUUUUAGGGGACAAAAACCCGCAAAUUUUAAGCUAUAGAGCAGUAUGUUCAAAAAAUCUGCCGCCUUCUUUUUCUUUAAGCCGACAAUAGACAAUAGACAAUAGAAAAUUUUCGAAAAACUGCAAAUAUUUAGUUAAAAUCAAACUUUCGGUGGCAAUAUCUUGAAAACGGUACCCUUUAUCAAAAAAUCUGUAAAGUACUUUUCGAUUGCAAAUUUAAUUUUACAUAAAAAGUUGAGGUAAUUUUUUUUGCAUAAAAUUUAGUUUUUUUCCAAAAACACAUUUUUUUCAAAAAUUCAAAACUUGGCGGCAGAUUUUUUAAACAUACUUCUCUAUAGCUGGAAAAAUGCGGGUUUUUGUCCCCUAAAACAUAUCAAAAAAUCUCGAAAAUCAAAAAAUACAUAUUUUGGGAAUUUGAGUUUUUGUUAAAAAAAAGUUAAUAAUAAAAUCGACAACUUUUUUUCCGUGUACAUAUUUUUUUCUUAAUAGUCCUUACCAAUACCUACAACUUUGCCAAAAAUUGAUCAGAAAAUUCACUCAAAAGUAACAGCUGUUUAUAUAUUAACGUACCAUUUUUGUAUGGACAGUUGCCAAAAUAGUAUGGAGACUUGCAUGGGUGAACCAACGACACAAAAUAGCUUCUUUGGUCAUAGGAAAGGCCUCCACAAAGUUUGAGCCAAAUCAUAAAAUAGUCGAAAUCGGCCGAUUUCGUAGAGAAUUGCUCAACCUGUAUUUUGAAAACAUAACACAAUCUGGAUCAAAUAUUAACUUAAAAAUUGCGUAAAGCAGUAAAAGAUCUAGUAAUCGUUCGGAGAGAAAACUAACAAAUAAACGGCUUCAACGUAGUGACCUAUGAUUUCACUGUAAAAAUAUAAGUACACAGCACAUGAAUCGGUCAAUCAAGAUGGCGAUGAAACAAGGCCAGUAUUUUUAUACAUUUAAAAAACAAUAGAAUCAUAGCCAGCUUUUGUUCCUUUAAUCAUGAUUCACUUUCUCAUUUUGCUUCCUGAUUUUUUGCAGGAAGAAGGCUAAUUUUAUUAUUUUUACAGUCUAUGCCAUUCAGUUUCCAACACAUUUUUUUUGCUGUUCUCUAUAUAUCAGAUGUCAUUAAAAUGAAACAAGAAGUAAAUCCUCGAAAUUAUGGGAAACAGUUUUUGGUUCCUCUCGCGAAUAAAAGUUCCAAGCAUAACGAGAUAGUUAUUUAGUUUAGCAAAGGUCAGACAUCAAUCCACAACAUCAACGGUUAUGACCGUUCCUCAAAUAUAAUCAUUUUUUUGGUUAAAUUUUGACAACUCAGCAAUACUUGGUAAUACCAUAAAUGAAUACAAAUACUAUUAUUUCGAAAUGAAACCACUACAAUCUUGCAAAAUCCAAAAUCAAUCAAAGUAAUAAUGGUUUGGGUUCAAUCGUCAACAAGAAAAUUACAAAAUACACAACAACGCGUAAAAUGGAAUUUUAUACAAAAUCAUCAGAUAAACAUAAUCCAGAUAACUUAAAAUCGAACUCAAACAAACACAAUGCAAACAAAAAUCCAAACCCAAACGCAAAAUAUAGACAUUAACAAAUGCGGCAAUGAUUUUACCUUGUGUAGAAAUGACAAACACACUUUUAAAUAAUUUGGAUAAAACAAAACUUUUAAAUAAAUGGCAAAGAGAUAUACAAACAAUCAAGCAAAACAUAAAACUUAAGCACAUAAAUGUCAAAAUUCUUCCGAACGCAAGACAACAUUUUGAAAACAUAAACUUGUUUCGCAUUAUUUAUUGAAUUUUUCCUCCUAUUUAUUUCUUCCCGCGACAAACAAUAAAAACUACAAUUAUCAAUUUUGGUUGGUACUACCGUAUAAUACUUGCGAUAAGCAAAGCAAGUUGACAAGGUUCACAUGUAUUAUUUUGUAAAUAGU